AUAGUUUCGAAGUGUCACGUGAUAACAAAAUGGUGGAUAAACUAACUUCCGUGUUACGCUCCAAAUCAUAAACUUUGUAAAUAUCUUUGAAUUGCGCACAAAAAUUCAUGUAUUCACAACUAAACAAAGAAUAGAAUAAUAGGCUAUCAUGAAAUCAUUAGAAGCGAAAGUUGUUGUACUCGGAUCUCAAGGUGUUGGUAAAACAAGUGUUGUAAUCAGGUAUGUUGGUGGAAUGUUCAGUAAAGCUGUGAGUCCAACAAUUGGGGCCUCAUUCUUUACCUAUAAACUAAAUGUAGACAAUUAUAGAGUUAAACUUCAAGUAUGGGACACGGCUGGCCAAGAAAGGUUUCGCUCAAUGGCCCCAAUGUACUACAGAAAAGCAAAUGCUGCCAUGUUGAUAUAUGAUAUUACAUCUUCAGAUACAUUUUAUGAUAUUAAAGACUGGGUCAGUGAACUUAAAAGGAAUGUUGACACACCUAUAAUAACUUGUCUGGUUGGUAACAAGUGUGAUCUACAGGAUGGUAGACAGGUGAAGGAGGAAGAUGCCAAAGAUUAUGCUGAUUCUAUAGAUUCUCUAUUCUACGAAACAUCUGCCUUGAAAAAUACAGGAAUUGAGGAAGCAUUUUUAGAGGUAGCUAAAAGACUGAUCAAAUUAUAUGAAACUUCGCCAGGGUCGGGACUACAGUCUCACAGUCCCGAAAAUUCUCCAGAGAAAAAUGAUGAAAGGAUUCAUAUAGAACCGCCCUCUAGACAUAAAGGACCGCCUCCAAGUGAACAGAACCAGUCCAAAUGUGCCUGCUAGUGUAGUUAAACUCCACAUUAGUGAAACCAGUCUAAUUUUUUUAGUGUUUGCAUAUCUGCUUGUGUAUAUGGGACCCAAAAGGUCACAUGGAUCAACCAGUCUAAAGUUAAGAAAAAACAAGAUAUUUUAUUGGUUAAUUUUGAGAAGAUAUUUUAAAUUAACCAAUGGUUGAAGCUCAUUUCAUCAGACUGAUUCAAAUUCAUAUAUCAUUAAGUUUGGUCAUUAAGAAAUUUUGUCAUUAAGACAUUGUUUUAGUUACUAUUUUAACCAUAUUGACAAUUAUACAGGCACUAUAAAUAUUCAUAUAUUUGGUUAAACAACUACACUGUCUGGGAAUAAUAAUUGAGUGUCUUGCCAUAAAUAUUGAGUGUCUGGCUUUAGUGUUUGGCAAUUGAUAUCAAGUGUUUGGUAAUCAUGUCUUGACUUUGAUGAUAUCAAGAGUUAUGCAAUUGAAAAUGAUAAAAUUAUCAUUUAUUAGGGGACAUUCAAAAUAAUAAGUGCUCAUUAAAUAGUGAACACAGCAGACCAAAGUGCUGACUUAAUAGCAAACAGGGCAGACCACGUUAUCUGAGGUUGCAUAGGUAGAUACUGCAGCCACCAGUAGGUUAAGAGUUAAUUGAUCUUGCAAGUUCAUGUGCCUUUUUGAAAAUGUCUUUAAGUGAGCAUGUUGGUGAAUGUGGGUGAAUGUGUGUGUAUGUGGGUGAAUGUGUGUAAAUUGUAAUAAUGUUUUUUUUGUGUGUUUUAGCAUUGUAGUUUUAAUGUUCAAAGUGUGUUGUUUAGUUUAGUUAUAAAGAUUUUGUUAAAGUAAUUGUACAAGUUAUUGCAUGUUACUGUUAUUUAUAUUUUUGCUGCUCAUCUGGUGCAAGUACAUGUAUGUGUAUAUAAGCUGCAAUGUACAUAUAAGCUAAAGACAUUAUACAUGUAUAUAGGGUGAGAAAUAUAAUGAAUAUUUAUUUUUAGACACAUUUUGAAAUUUGAUCAGUCAAAAUAUUAUUUUGUGUUCAAUAGUGAUAGUCAGCAUUUAUUUUUUCCAGUUUAAAUGGAAAUUAAAAUACUAUUUUUUUGUCACAGUUUAAAUGUAACAUAUCUAGUAGAUCUAUUAUCUCUGAUUUUAAAUCACGUACUAUUCUCCAAUGUAUAUUUAAACAAUGUUAGGAAUAUUAGAUUUGUGUCUUUUGAGAAGGCUGUUCAGCUAAGUUACGGAACAGAACAUAACUUAGAUUGAGACUUAUAUUGUCUAUUUGCAAAUAAACAGAACAUAAAAACAUGCAUGUAUUUACAAAUGUUUAAGGGUCAGUUUAGCCCCAGAAAUGCUUUUAUUUUUCGAAAGCGUUAUAUUCUUUGUGUCCCGUUAUAGUAUGAAAAAAAGUUACUCAUUGGUCAUUUACCUGAAUCAGCACUUAAUUACUUCUUUUGCUUUUCUAGCAAUAAUUAAAAGUUACAAUGAUUUAGUAUUUUGUAUUGAAGUCAAAAUACGACUUUGUCUACUUUGUGCUUCUUUUAUGACAAAUUAAAAUUAUUUCACAUUCAACCCUAUUUUCUACUGGUAAUUAACAUAAUUAUGUUAUACACUAAAACCGAUAUCUAAACAUUACUGGUGGACUCGUUUUUGCUCUUUCAAAAGAAGGGAAAAUUUUAAUUUUUUUUCCGAGGCUUGGUGUGCCUUUAACACAAUCUUGCAUUAUCUGAAAUAAGUUUAAAGCUACAGUUAAAUAGUUCAUGUAUUUAUAAUACAGCUUGUUCUUGUACGGUCAUACUUUAUGAUUUAAAAAUAUUGUAUGAAAGGAAUAAAUUUUUGGAAUAUUAACAUAAUGAUUUAGUAAGAAAAAUAAUAAAAAAACUGCAUUCCUGCAUUAAAAACUGAUGAAUCCCUCAGGAUUUAUAUAAUCUUUUGUCCUGUGGAAUCAGGCUUUAAAUGUGUCUUUAUGCUUCUGCAGAUGUUGUAAAUAGACAAAAAAGAAGCAUUGACCCUAUAUUCUGUCUACAAAUAUGAAGUGCCAUAACAUAUGAUAACAAAAAGUGUUGAAUUGUUCUUCUUCCAUUUUAAAUUACCUGCCUUGCAAAUUAUUUAAAGGACUCCACUGAGGUUUUUUGGCAUUAUGAGACUAAAUAUAUUUUUUUAUUAAUAUUCCCUCUCAUGGGUCUUGAUAUACCAAUUAAUUAUAGCUUGUGUGCAAGAUUUUAAGAUUAUUUGCUCACUCCAUUUUUUCAGACUAAUUAUUCUAAUUGUGAAAAAUGACCCAAAAAUUCCCUCAAGCCAGGCUUAAAACAGCACAAAAAUAUGAAUGUUAAUUCAUUUUCAGUACUAUGUCUAUUUCUUAAUUAUCUUUUGUAUAUCCUUCCUACUUUAAGUGCCCAGCUGAUCUAUGUAAGAAAUUCAAUUUUUAUGUUUUUACACUUUUUGACAUCAGUAGAGUUCCUUUAAUAUAUCAUCCUAAUAUAUAUGCGAUAUGCUUCUGUUAAAUCAUUGAUAUUAUUUUCAAGUAUUCCAGUGAAAUUAUUGUAUAUUGUUUGACUAUUAGAUAUUCAAGAGAUUUUUUUCUUCAACUUUUGUUUCCAUAUUCAGUACACAAUAAUCAGCACUUUUCUAUGGUGGCUGAUUUGGUACGCCUUUUGUCUUGUCAUCCUGUCGCUGGCGUAUGGCACUUUGCCAUGUUGUCGCUAGCGCCAAGUAGACACACUUAAAUGUACCAAAUCAGCCACAAUACUUUUCAGUCCUGAAUAAAAUAGCUACUGUGACCUACUGAAUAAAUAAAUAUCUUGUUAUUUGACAGCACAUGCCAGUAAGCAUUACUAAACUUCCCUGACCUUAUAAAAAAAUAUCUUGUUAUUUGACAGCACAUGCCAGUAAGCAUUACUAAACUUCCCUGACCUUAUAAAAAAUAUCUUGUUAUUUGACAGCACAUGCCAGUAAGCAUUACUAAACUUCCCUGACCUUAUAAAAAAUAUCUUGUUAUUUGACAGCACAUGCCAGUAAGCAUUACUAAACUUCCCUGACCUUAUAACAAAUAUCUUGUUAUUUGACAGCACAUGCCAGUAAGCAUUACUAAGCUUCUUGACCUUAUAAAAAAAAAAUUAUCUUGUUAUUAAAUGACAGCACAUGCCAGUAACAAUAGCAUUACUAUUUAUUUGCAUAGGGAACUUAUUCUUUCUGAGCAAUGUUAUGUGUUUGCAGGAUAUUCAAAGAAAUACUGUGAUGUAAGCAAAGGUUGUGAGAUUUAAUCAGGGUUUUGUAUAGAUUUCUGUGAUUUUAUUUUCCCUCUCUCUCCCUCUCUCUUCACCUUAGUUCAAAUAACUGGCGAGCAUUUCACUAACAUUCCAUCAGUUUUGCGUGUCUUUUUAUGUAAAUUUAGACUUGCGCAACACGUAAAUUUACGUUGGUUGCAUUUCACUAAAUAGAAUGUGCAAUUUACGCCAGUCAUAAAUGAGCGUAACUUUACGUUUAAACUUAUGCAAAUGCGUGGCUAAGAAAGUUUAGUGAAGCGCAAAUAAAUACGAAGUUCUGCUUACGCAAA